GGGUUUUUUUUUUUUUGCGGCACUACAGGCCUUUAUUGUUCAUUUUUUCAAUAGCAGGUAGACAGGAAAGAGGGGCAAAGAAAGGGGGAGACAUUCGGCAAAGGUUGCCAGGUCCGGGACUCGACCUGGGACAGCCGCACCGACGACUAUAGUUUCUGUACAUAGUCUGUACAUAAUACAUCUUCCGCAAACUGUUUUUUUAUGUUAAAUAUGUCGUAUGACUUUGCUCAGUCCUGGCAUGGGUGCAGUCCCAUGAUAUUUUCAGGAAGUUGUUUGCAAAGGAUGUAUUUUCUAAAACUUGUAGUGAGGUAUGUAGUAGUGGUGCAUUCCUUAUAAGCCCUUAGAGAGUCAACAAAGUCGCCAUGGCCAAAAACAGCUGAACACAGACCCUCAGGAGUCUGUUGAAGGUCUCUCUAACCACAGUGUACUUCUUUCUUUUCCAACUUAUACUCUGGCUAAAGCAGAGAGAGUUUAAGGAAACAGGAAAACCAUAGUACACAGGGCACAACCUUCUCAAUGCAGGAAUGAGAUGAUUUGUUGAUCACAUUCUCUUAUUCUUAGUUCGCUGUCUGUUGUGGCUCCUCGUUGACUGUGUCAUUUUUAAAGCCUAUUUGGAAUGAAUAAAUGAAACAACAAUGCUUUUCUUGUUUCUGAAACAUUGGUAAACAGGAUAUUGAGGUUGUUGAGUAAAUAUUCUUUGUCUUUUCUUUUGGAUUCUCACAAUAUCUUGGUUUGUUCACUGCGAGGGGACAGAAGAACAACAUGUUGUCUACACAAUGUGCUGCAUGGUAAUACUCCUGUCCCUCAUCCUCUCAGGCAACACAUCCCAACAUGCGGACAUACUAUUUUUGCACUGACACUGAAAAAGAGAUGGAGUCAUGGAUGAAAGUUAUGACGGAUGCAGCAAACGUGCAUUCAGGACCAACCAAAAGGCUGGAAAAGUUAAAAGGACAAGACUGCGGACCAAAAGAGAUCAGUCAAGUUGCUAACCACAAGCUGCCACUCACACAGCCUGAAAUCCAGAACAACGAACGUAACCUUCAAGUUGCUCGUGAGCGUUGCGCAGCAGAAACCCCCAACACACAGGAUAACGAACGAAAGCUGCGUGACGCCGAGCGCUAUGGCUUCCAGAAGGACGGGGCAGAGCGCGAACAUCCCCUCACAAAGAUCAACAGUAUCAAACUACAGCCAGCCCAGGCAGCAGCCAUUAAAGCUAAUGUGACCUCGCCCCAGACUCCGAAUGAGCCCGCGAGGACGCUCCAUAGCCCCCAGGUGAAUGGAUCAGGAGAGCCGUGUAAAGCUAACGGGACUGGGGUCCCUGUCCAACAGAGUCCCACCAGUGAGCCUGAGCGCAACCUGAGUAGGACCAGCUCCAUGCAGCAACUGGAGCAGUGGGUUCGCACACAGAGAGGACGAAGUCAGGAUGAUGAUGCCAGGAGCAUCACCUCAUACCAGACUCUGCCUAGAAAUAUGCCAAGCCAUCGGGUCCCCUACAUGCCUCAUUAUGGAGAAAACUAUCGCAGCAUGCCCAGGAAUAGCAUGGCCCAGCGGGACAGCAUCUGCAGCAUGUCGCCGUCGCUUUAUGAUCAAACCCUGGGCCCCUCGACCACUGAGAAGCGACGCUCCAUGAGAGAUGACACCAUGUGGCAGCUGUACGAGUGGCAGCAAAGACAGGCCUAUAGCAGGCAGUCAGGCCUCUACAGCAACAUGGCCAGCCCUAAAACCAUGAUAAACCUGUCAGAGCACGCUGCACUGAGCCGUUCCAUCCCCCCUUCACCUUCUCACGGCUCCCUGUCCAUGUACGGCGCCUACUCUCCCAUGAGAUCUUACAACAUGGCCAAUGCUCGUUCAGAGGUCGCCUCACCAAUCUACAGAAGAGACUUGAGCAUUGACAGACGGCAAAGACCACAAAUCAACAAGUACGCCUACCCGCCUGAUAGGAGGUCCUUGCCUGCAGGGAUCCCAGUCCAGACUAUCACUGCCCAGUCUCUUCAAAGCAAAACUCCUGAGGAACUGACUUUGCUGCUGAUAAAGCUGCGGCGGCAGCAGGCAGAGCUAAACAGUAUCCGGGACCACACUGUAGCACAGCUUAUGCAACUAAACAUGGAUCACAACAACCCAAAGAAUGACAUUCUCUCCCAUCACCUCCAGAGGAACCUCAUGUAUUUGGACAAUCAGAUGAAGGAAAUUGACCCUUUAAUCGUCAUGACUCACACUUUGAUUGAGAACUCUGCCCCAAGGCCUCAAGUGUACCAACAAAUGAAUCCAGAAGACUACAGGGAACAAGUCUACACAUAUAUGCCAGAGGUGGAGGAUAUCGAUAGUAUAAUUAGCAGGCUGUGUGAGCAGGAUAAAGUGGUGAAGAUGCAGGAGGAGAAACUUCAGCAGCUAUUAAGGGAGAAGCACACGUUGGAGACAGCACUUCUGUCGGCCAGCCAGGAGAUUGAGCUGGGCUCGGAAAACCCGGCUGCUUUGCAGGGCGUCAUUCAGCAGAGAGACUUGCUGCAGAGCGGCCUUCUCAGCACCUGCAGAGAGUUGUCCAGAGUCACUGCUGAGUUGGAGCGCUCAGGUAGGGAGUAUGAAAGGCUAGAAGCAGAAGUGAUUAUAGCUAAGAACAAUUUGCUGCAGCAGCUUGAAGCUCUUGGAAGCCCACAGACGGAGCCUCCCAGUCAGCAGCAUGUCCGCAUCCAGAAGGAGCUCUGGAGGAUUCAAGAUGUGAUGGAGGCCCUCGAUAAACAGAAAGCUCAGAGAAUUGCUGCUGAUGGGACGGGUUUCUAUGGCUCCGAUUCCAAGUUCAGUAAGCACAUGAAUGAGGAGGAGGACUCGGCACCCCCGCGGCCACCUCUUCCCCACUCCUACGAGCCGAACUCCCCUGUUGUGCCCCCUCUGCCCACCACUCACUCUGGUCCACGGCCCUCGUCACUCCACAGGCCAGAUGACAGGAAGGCCAAUCAAAGGAAUAGCUCACAGAGCGGCCCUGACUACAGGCUGUAUAAGAGCGAACCAGAGCUGACCACAGUGGCCGAGGUGGAUGAGAACAAUGGGGAGGACCGAUCUGAACAUCCAUCUGACAGAGAACAUGCUGGAAACAAAGGCAUGUCCUACCCUGUUGGGAUCGUCCCACCUAGGACCAAAUCCCCAGUGCCCGAGUCUUCCUCCAUAGCAUCCUACGUCACAUUGAGAAAAAGCAAAAAGCCUGACCCCAGGACGGAGCGUCCACGCAGUGCAGUGGAGCAGCAGCUGUGUGCUGUGGAGGGCAGCCGGCCCAGGAUGAGCGUGGAGGAGCAGCUGGAGAGGAUUCGCCGCCACCAGCAAGGCACCCUCAGGGAGAAGAAGAAAUCCCUCAGCUUCCGGGGAGGCAGCUUGGACAACACGCCGUCCCGCAGUCACUCGUUUACUAGAGAAAAUCAUUUCCAUAGCAUGAAGUCCCAAAUAAGACGAAGGGAUGAGGUGAUGAGCAGUGACAUUCAGGAUCUGGAAGCCUCACUCAGGCACCAUGACUUGGUGAAGGAGCAGGAGACUCCCGCAGAGGAGAUAGCCCGUCUUAAAGAAUCCUCGCAGGAUGAUCAUUUCAACCUGGAUCGAGAGCUUUCUGUGCCAGACAAAGUCCUGAUUCCUGAGCGUUACAUUGAAUCGGACCCUGAGGAGCCUCUGAGUCCGGAACAGGAGGCCGAUAAGCGGCGGAAAGUGGACCGUAUUAAAGCCCUAAUUGCAAAAAACAGCAUGGCGAAUGUGCUACCUAGUUUAGCUUUAAGCCCAGAGGACGUGAAUGAAGAGGAGGUUACUGUACAAGAGAAGGAGAAGAUGAUUAAUAUGUCCUACGAGUUGGCAGCAGAGGCCUCCAAACGCAGCAAGCUGGUAGCAGUGAAAAGCCUGUCGUCUUCUUCCCCACCCCCACAGUCUCCCAACACACCCCCUCAGCUCACUGAUGGCUCUCACUUCAUCACAGGCUCUGGCUUCAGUAAAGACCUACACAUGAAGGAAAUAACAAGGAAGGCAUAAACACCUCCUGAGGAUCUUCUUCCUGGAGAUCAGCACAAGGCCUUGACCUUACUGAACGUGAAACUGCCUACUUCAGCCCGGUGGGGUUCAGCCUCGGACUUCUGUAUACUCACUGUGACAUCUAAAGCUUCUAUGCCAAUCUUUGGUGACAUUUCUGCUUCAUUGUCCCACUUUGAGAUGGAACUCUCUCCUCAUUUUCCUUUUUCACUGUUACUGCUGCAGUUUCUAUUUCAGAUUUUACAAGAUCUUUCAAUUUGUUUUUACAAUAUUUACAGUUUUAUUAAGUUGUUGCAAUAUGGGGCGAUGUAUAUCUGUAUAUAUGGGAGGCUACAGACUGAGCUCUGUUGUGACAGAAUAUUUUAGGCCACGUUUGCCACUCAUGUUUCAACACGUUUUUGAGGUUUUAAGACGCUUCUGCAUAUUUUUUUAGUUAAAUUUAAUCUUUAAUAUUUAAUUCAGAUCACUUUUCAGAUGUUGACACUUAGCUCAAUAGUUAUAUUUAUCAAUUUAUUGUAAAGAACACUUGUCUAUACUGAUGGGUUAAUAACAGAUCUAUAUUCCACAUAUAUAAUAAUGGAGCAACUUUACUCUUGCAGACUAAAAUUAUUUGUACAUUUCAAUGUUUCCAGUCAGUGACACAUUGCUGCCGAUACAUAUACAUAUUUGAAUGUUCUGACUUAAGUUGCUCUUUCUUCCCUGUGUCUGAGAUAUAUAUUUAAAUUGAGACAUGGACAGAAAUUUCAUAGUUUGGUACUAUUUUAGGACAUGUCAGUUUAAAGCCCUGCAGCUAAAACAAAAUGCAUGUGUAAAAAAAAAAAAAGCAAUAAAAAAAGAAGCCUUUGUAAAUUGAAGAUAUUUUUGCGUGUGUGUAUAAAGUGUAACUAUCAGAGGUUUACUGUGUAUAUAAUGUACAUGGUGCAUCAGGAUGGGAAUAUAUACCCACUAUAUAGGUACGUACAUACAGAUUUGAUUUGCAAAUGUUCAUAUCCCAUCUGUUUUAUAUCAUGUUAAAUAAACAUUGGGGUUUUUAAUACUUGUA